AUGGCGGCGACGACAGCCAGCAGAACAGGUCCUCUGGGACAACCUGACAUUGCGUACACGCCCAACUGGGACACGUACCAAGAGCGCAUCAAGAGACGCCAAGAGACUGAGAAAAUCGAUCGCACUCUUCCUGACGGGUUUCCGCAAAAGCUAGAGUCCAGCUUGGCAUGGACCGGGGCCACAGUCACAGACGAGUACGACUGGUCCUACGAGUUGAACCAGUCUGAACUCAAAGAGAUUCAAGAAGCCCUAGAUUACUUCAAAAGUCUGAACAAGCCGCUCGGCGAGAUCAGCCAACUCACCUUCCCCCUGCCCAAACUCCAUCCUCGCCUGCGAUCCAUUUCCGCCGACGUGCACAACGGCCACGGAUUCAAAGUCAUUCGUGGCAUUCCCGUCGACAAGUACACCAGAGAGGAAAACAUCAUCAUUUACGCAGGCAUCGCCUCUCAUGUGGCCAACAUUCGAGGGCGGCAGGACCACGAGUACAAUGGCCGCCCGGCCGAUGUCGUUCUCGCGCACGUCAAGGACCUGUCUACCCACGCCGACGCCAAGAGCAUCGGGUCCCCCGCGUACACAACUGAGAAGCAGGUCUUCCAUACGGACGCAGGCGAUGUGAUUGCCCUGUUUGCCCUGGCUGCGGCGGCCGAAGGCGGCGAGAGCUUUCUGUCCAGCAGUUGGACCGUGUACAACGAGUUGGCAGCCACAAGGCCAGAUUUGAUCCGAACGCUGGCCGAGCCCUGGGAUGUCGAUGGAUUUGGCAAGACUGGCCCGCCGGGAUAUCUGUCUCGACCGCUCUUGUACUACCAGCCUGCUGAGAACAACCACCCCGAGCGCGUCGUUAUCCAGUAUGCUCGACGGUCAUUCACAGGCUACUGGGGCCUGCCGCGCAGUGCCAACAUCCCGGCCAUCACGGAGGCGCAGGCCGAGGCCCUUGAUGCGGUGCACUUCACGGCGGAGAAGCACGCACUGGCUCUCGAGUUUCGCCCCGGCGACAUUCAGUUUGUCAAUAACUUGAGUAUUUUUCAUGCCAGGGGAGGGUUCCGCGACUCUCCGGAAAAACAACGCCACCUUAUCCGCCUGUGGUUGAGAGACGAGGAGUUGCAUUGGGACACGCCUGCUGCCCUGCAGAGUACCUUGGAUAGGGUAUAUGGGAAUGUAACUGCUGAGAAUCAAGUGUUCCCUCUGGAGCCGUCAAUUCGGUCUGCUUCUUACGGUACAAAGGCGAAGCAAGAAGCGCCUCCAUUGUCAUCUGCGGCCGUCGCCGUCAGCGCUUAA